AGCGAGGAGGGCACCGUGUCGGCGCACGUCGCGUGGGAGGUGAAGAGCGUGUGCGCCGAAAUCGUCACGCACUUCUUCUACACGGAGCACAAGCACAUCACGCGGAUGGUUCUGUACUUCAAGAGCGACGCGAGGGACCGGCUGUGGCUCCUGUGGUGCGGCUCGCUGCGUGUGGCGGACCGCAACUCGGCGAGCGAGAUGCCGGUGAACCUUGCGCCGAGGUUUGGUGAGCCGGCGCCUGAGGGCGAACUGGACGAGGAUGAGGUGCUGCGCACUGCCGACAGGGCGUACUUCCUUGUGACCCGCGACGAGUUCUUUCACGGGACGUACAUGCGUGGCAAUGGCCCGCUGGCAACGGACGCGGCGCGCCCGGGGGAGUCGCGGACGCAGGCGUCGGUGACAUCGGGAGGGCGGGGGGCGGGUGAGGGCGGGGACGCGACGGUGCCGAGGGGCGACGAAGACGGGGAUGACGUGCCGGCGGAGCUGAGGGUCUCUAUGGAGCGGCUGCAUGUGCAGGAGGAAUUGGUGCUGGAUGCUUUCCGCGAUGUCUUCUACAGGGCGUACAGUCACUUCCUCAGCGGAGACGCCGCGCCCUUUGAGCUGCGGGUGCCCCCGCACGUGGUGAAUGUUCUCACGGAGGGCUGCGUGGCGGACCUCAUGUGGGUGCUGAAGCUGCGUGCGGUUCCCUGCGCGGGUGGGGAGAGCGGGGGGGCGGGGGAGGGCGCGAUGGUGUACACGAUCCCGCCGCUCCACCGGACGCCUCUGACGCAGCUGGGCGACACUGCGGCGAACUGGAUCAGGGAGCACUUUGCUUCUCGCUGGGAGGCGCUGAGGCGGGGUGUCAUUGCCGGCGGCGUGCCAUCGUGCGUGCCGUCCGCUGGUGCUGCUGCGGAGCAGGUGGAGCGGCGGGUCGGGGACGGCCAGGGCGCGGACUCUCGGACGGCAGCCGAUGCAACUGGAGCCUGUGGCGGCACCGUGGACCCCUGUGACACUGCGCGGGAGCUGUGA